GAAGAAGAUGUUGCCAGACGGCACGACAAACUACCGAGUUUCUAUGUUCCAAGACAAAGCAAAGAUCGACAAAUGCUUCAUUUUGCUCGGUCUAGAUUGUUUUUUUGUUUUUUUGUUGUUGGUUUUUUUAAGUUUUCAAGCAUUGUAACCAUCGAAUCACUCUGUUUUUUUAAACCCAACUUCAUUGGUGUCUCCGAAGCCUCAAGACCCCCCUUCAAAAUGGUCAAUUUCAAACUCAGAUUUUCCUUCACCCUCUUCUUGCCUCAUCUUGGGAAUCAAAAGAUUUGCCCAAAAUCAUAAACACUUUUCAUGGCUCAACAGCGAUCCCAUGUUCCUAAGUUUGGCAAUUGGGAGAGCGAUAACAUACCUUACACUGCUUACUUUGAGAAUGCACGCAAGGAGAGAGCCAGCGGUGUGAUGAUGAACCCAAAUGACCCCGAAGAGAAUCCAGAGGCCUUCAUGUUUGGAGGAAGAAUGGGAACAGGAAGUGAUGGUGUUUCUAAUAAAUCAAUGUCAUUGGAAAAGCAGCACACUGAGGGGCUUCACCAGCACAAGGGACAUCGGAGGAACACAUCUGAUCAGCAGAAGAGUGGGAGUCAUAGGAGUGUGACUUCAGAAUCUGGCAGCGAAAAAAGCAGCAAUUCUGAUUACUCACUUUUGCAGCAAAAACACCGGCAUACAAGAUCCACCACCCGAAAGAAGAGUACAACCGAGGUUAACAACUUAGGUCUAGCUUCACCGGGACAUGAUAGGCUUAGAAGUGCUAGCAAUCAAUUGAAUGAUAUGUCUUAUGGAUCAGCAGCAUCAGUGCCCAAAUUCGGGGCAUGGGAUGAAAGAGACCCCAAAUCAGGAGAAGGUUUUACCGUCAUUUUCGACAAAGUGAAACAGGAGAAACACAUUGCAGCUGCCAAGGUGCCCACCAUGCCUCCACCACCGAGCAAUUACAUGAAUAGUCAGAAAAAAAAUACCAGAUCAAAGAUAUGUUGCUGCCUUCUUCGUAGUGGAAGUGAUUAAUUCAUGUGGCUUUGAUUCUGUUUCUUAUAUUUGAGUAUUCAGUGAUUUUAUGCAAUGUAUUGGCUAAAUAUUUUACUGUCAAAAUAAUUAUUCUUCUUUAAAUUGUAUAAUUUUUAUUUUGUACCAGUAACUGUAAAAUCUUUGCAAUCGAACACAAUAAUUAACUGCAAAUGUUUUUAUACAGUGAGGAUAUUCAUGUUUGUGUUAUUGCUUUCUUCAAUAAA